AUGCCACGCAAGAAGCGUCGUGUGGCGGCUGUUACAGCCUCUAUUGAUGUUUUGGAAGGUAAUUUUGAUUGUGGUGAUGGUGAAUCUCUUCAAGACGAACCAGGAUCUGGUCAGAUCUGCUUAAAUAAGGAUGAAGAACCAGAGCAAUAUACCCUGAUUCCCAAAAAUAUAGAAAAAGACCGAAAUGUAGACGAAGACCGGAAGGUGGAUGAAGAUCUGAAUAUGGAUGAAGAACCAGGGCCAUCUGGCCACAUCUCCAUAAAUGUGGAUCAAAAUCUGAAUGUGAAUGAAGAACCAGGGCAAUCUGAUCAGGUUUACGUGAAUGAAGACCUGGACAUGGGUGAAGAAACAGAACCAUCCGGACAGAUCUACAUUAAUACAGAUGAAGACACGGAUGUGGAUGAAGAACCAGGGUCAUCUGGCCACAUUUACAUUAAUGUGAAUGAAGACCUGGGCGUGGAUGAAGAACCAGGGCCAUCUGGCAACAUCUACAUUAAUGCAGAUGAAGACACGGAUGUGGAUGAAGAACAAGGGUCAUCUGGCCACAUUUACAUUAAUGUGAAUGAAGACCUGGGCGUGGAUGAAGAACCAGGGCCAUCUGGCAACAUCUACAUUAAUGCAGAUGAAGACACGGAUGUGGAUGAAGAACCAGGGUCAUCUGGCCACAUUUACAUUCACGUUGAUGAACCAGGACCAUCUGGACAAAUUCAGGUGGUAACAAAAAGUCGUAUACAUCUUCAACCUGACACAUCAUCAGAUGAAUCGCUGUCUAAGGAGUCAGCAGUGGUGAUUUACAGACACCGUUCCUCACAAUACGAUGAAACAGGUCCUUCCGCUUCCGACCAGAAUGAUGUGAUGUUACCAGAAGACACACCGUCUGAACUUUCAAGAGCAGCGAUUCCAAAAAAUGAUGAAGAUUUUUCAAGCGAAAAUAAUUCCGCUACUCUUCGUAAGAAAAGGUCCAAUACAGAAUUAUGGGCACAAAAUAUUCGAAAAAAAUCCAGACAAAGUGGCAAGGAAUAUGUCAGCAGGGAAGGAAAAAUUGUGCCAGCAAAGACAAUAAAAGAGUUCUGUGGUGAAAAAUGCAAAAGAACAUGCAAGAAAUUCAAUAACACGGAAAGGGAAACGAUUUUUCAAAGAUUCUGGAGUCUUUCAGAUAAUGAGAAACGACAUUUUAUAUCACAAUUUGUGAAGAGAAGUAAGAUUAAAAGGAAAAUCGAAGGUUUUACCCGCCGUUCUUAUACAUACCAGUAUUUCUUUGAGAGGAACAACGCAAGACAUCAAGUUUGCAAGAAAUUUUUUCUUAAUACAUUAAAUAUAAGUAGUGCAAGGGUAUACUACUUUUUUGAAAAUAUCCAAACGUCUGAGGGUGUACCAGAGAAUAUUAAAAGAGGACGCAAUCGUGGACCCAAUUUCACGGAAGAGGAUUUAGCUCGUAUACGGGAACAUAUUGAAAGUUUCCCUUGCAUUGAGUCGCACUACUGUAGAGCAAACUCUACGAAAAAAUACUUGGAAUCUCAUCUCAGCGUGUCUUCAAUGUAUCGACUUUUUCAACAGAAGUACCCGGAUUCAAAUAUCACCGAAGCUGUUUACAGGAAUGUCUUUCGGUUUAACUUUAAUCUAUCUUUCCAUAAGCCAAAGAAGGAUCUCUGUCCUACAUGCAGUCUGAUGAAGUUAGGAAAGUUAUCAUCUGAAGAGUCAGAAAAGCACCUAAGCAAUAAUGCACAAGCAAAAGAAGAGAGGGAUAAAGACAGAAUGAUGGAUCCAGAGACCGCCGUGAUAUCAUAUGAUCUUCAAAACACCAUUCCACUACCCAGAAGCUUUGUAAGCACUUUCUAUUACAAAAGAAAAUUUAAUGUAUACAAUCUCACUGGACGAUGCAACCUAAAUGGUGUUACCUACUGUGCAGUAUGGAAUGAAACUAUGAGUGGAAGAACGGGAGAAGAUUUAGCAAGUGCCCUUUUCAAAAUUAUCCAGAGUGUGCUUCAAGACCUUCCAAAGAUUAAGAAAAUCAUACUCUGGAGUGACUCAUGCGUACCGCAGAAUCGAAAUAGAAUUAUAGCCACAACACUGCUACAGAUUCUGUAUAACAAUACAAAGCUUCAAAGUAUUGAACAGAAGUUUUCCGAACCAGGCCACUCGAGAAUUCAAGAUGUGGACGCUGUCCACAGUGUUCUCGAACGUAGUCUUAGACAUCACGAAAUUCCUAGUCCAGAUAAACUUAUCUAUCUUAUGCGCACCCUGAACUUUCCAAACGUGCAGCUUAAAAUAUUGGAGAUGCAGGAAAAUGACUUCUUUCAGUUUUCGUUGAAGGCAGCUAUGUUCUCUUGGGAUAAAAUACCGUUUUCAAAAGUUCGCAAGAUAAAAUAUUCUUCAGAAGCUUUGACAACUUUUAAGCUGACUUUCACAGUGGACGCAUCCAAUGAAUGGCACGAUGCAGUGGUUCUCAAAAGAAAAAGGAAUUCAUCGACACCCCCAAACGUGUUCUCCAUGCCGCCGCGUCCACCGCCACUCUACUAUUAG